AUGUCUUUCUCUUUUGUGUUUAUUUCUUUUGUUGCUGGUAUCUCAAUAAGCGCACUUGGUGUUGAAACGACGACGGUUCAGACUAUAUUGUCAGGAGCGCCACCAAGAAUACGAGAGAGCACCCCGGGCUACUUGGAGAUUCCGGCCGGUCAGAAGGCCAAGUUGCGAUGUCUGGUGUCCGGCAAUCCGAAGCCCUCCAUCGAGUGGCUCAAGUACAAUGAGACCGUGUCCGACGCUUCGGAACGCAUCACCAUCACCAGGAGCAGUCUCACCAUCGGACAACGUCUCCGAGGCAGAUGCCGACUCUACUACUGCAAAGCCCACAAUGAACAUGGUGUGCUCCUGAAAAACUAUACAGUUCAAAUUAUGGAUUCUCAGCUACUGGAAGAACCUCAAGCAGAUGACAGCGGCAUCAGAACAAGACCGCUUAUUAAACCUGGAGAAAAAUGUAAGUUGCACACUGUCAAAUUAAAACAUAUUUUACACUUUAAACCCUACUUCACGCAGCCGUCCAAAAUGCUUCGUCUACUGGCAAAACCGGCCGGAAGUUCGAUCACACUGAAAUGUCCGGCGAACGGUAAUCCCCUGCCGGACAUCAAGUGGCUGAAAGACGGAAAUGUCAUAGAAAGGGAGUUAAGCAAAGAGGUGUUGUACCGCAAGUGGUCCAUGACGCUCGAGCACCUGGUGACGUCGGACAGCGGUUUCUACGAGUGCAUCGUCUCCAACAGCGAGGGGGACGUCUCUUGGACGUACAAGUUGGAGGUCCAGGAGAGGGUGCCCCACAAGCCCAUCUUCCGGGACGGCUUCCCCUCCAACCUGACCGUCUUCAGCGGUGAGAAAGCCCGCUUCGAAUGCAGGUUCAUCAGCGACCUCAUGCCCCGGAUGCGAUGGCUCAGGCACUUCGAAAACGCCAACGAUUCCGAGUCGGAUGAUGACUCGGACACGGAGAACAUAGAGCCCAUAGACAGCACGGAUCCCAACAUUACGGAUCCGCACAUCUUGAUCCUGGACAACGUUUCCAAGAGCGACGAAGGGUGGUAUACAUGCCUGGCGGGAAAUGCUCUGGGGGUUUCCUACCGGAGUGCCUUCCUCACAGUUUUAGAUCGUAAUUAUCAUCCUUUAUCUACUCUUAUAAGUUACAAAAUAUAUCUUUAAAAUUUUAUUGGCAGUUGUAGCGUAGCCCUGAGUACAACGAUCUUCAUUUUUGUGCCACUGUGUGUUCUAGUCGGGGUGCUCAUAUGUCGCUACAAAUACAAUGAAAAAAAGAAAGCUGCCCUCCUCAAUCGCAAGCACAUCAUCGUCACCAAGAAAGUUAUUCUUGAAACCAGGGAUGAGAGUUCAAAUUCUAUAGUCCCUUUUGUAAAAAUUGACCAAUCCAUGUUGUUUUCGUCGGAGCAAGUGUCAUCCGCACCGGAGUACGAAAUUCCAUUGGAUCCUAAUUGGGAAUUUCCGCGUGAAAGGCUCAUCCUUGGAAACGUGCUCGGUGAGGGAGCUUUCGGCCAAGUUGUGAAAGCUGAUGCCUUCGGUUUGAACGGAUGCCCCGAGCCGGUCACGGUUGCAGUUAAAAUGCUGAAAGAGAAUCAUUUAGACAGUGAAAUGGCGGAUCUGGUUUCUGAGAUGGAAGUCAUGAAGAUCAUCGGCCAUCACAUCAACAUCGUCAACCUGCACGGCUGCUGCACUCAGAAUGGACCUCUAUUCGUCUUGGUGGAGUACGCUUCGAAGGGCAACCUGAGAGACUAUCUGAGAUCUCACCGACAUGCUUCGGGCUACCAGGUCCCCAUAGGUGCCAAAGGGGAUCCCUCCGUCCUGAGCCUCAAGAAUCUGGUCACCUUCGCCUUCCAGACUGCCCGAGGCAUGGAGUAUUUGGCGUCCAAGAAGGUCAUCCACAGGGAUCUUGCCGCGAGGAACGUGUUGCUAACGGAGGAUGAGGUCAUCAAGAUUGCCGAUUUCGGCUUGGCCAGAGACAUUCAUAGCAACGAAUAUUACAAGAAGACAACAAAUGGAAGGUUACCCAUCAAAUGGAUGGCUCCCGAAGCCCUGUGUGAACGCUAUUAUACUGAAAGAAGCGAUGUGUGGUCAUUUGGAGUGCUGUUGUGGGAAAUCAUGACUCUCGGAGGAACACCAUACCCAACGAUUCCCUACGAGAAGCUUUACCAGAAGUUGAAGGACGGUCAUCGCAUGGCAAAACCUGACAAAUGCCCACUAGAUAUCUAUAUGCUUAUGAGAGCUUGUUGGGAAGAAGUUCCAUUAGAUCGUCCUAAUUUCAGUGAAGUUACAAAGAUUUUGGACCGAAUUCUGCUGGAUUCUUUGGAACGAACGUAUCUCGAGCUGGAUUUCCCGAUCCUGGACACUCCACAGAACAGCAGUUCCGAGGAAGAGGAAAUGGAUUAAGGCCGUCUUCUGUGCACCAGGAUGAUUUAUUUAUUUAUUUUGUGAGAGGUGCCACCGACGUCUCAUUGAGUCUGACAACUUAGGACGCCCGAAGUGCAAUUAAAAUUCCUGCCAUUUUGAAAAAGAAAAAAAUUUUUUGUGGAAGAAAGUUUUAGUAACUUAUAUAUCUGCUGUUGACUGUUAAUAAUCGGGUUGAUGUUGAACUGCAUAUGAAGUUUGCAGAGUUUAGUUUUUGAAAAUGGUUGUGUGAAGAGCGAUGGACUUUUUGGGAGAAACGAAAAAAAAAAAAGAGCAAGAUUAAAAUUGGAGAUCCUGAAUCUCAGUUUUAAGUAGACUUUUUGGAAAAGUAGAAAAAAGAAAACAAGUACAGAAGCAAGAUUAAGAUUGAAUGUUCGUAGUCUUAGUUUUAUUCAGACUCAUAAUGAUAUUUCGUUGUGGAUAGAACUCUACAUUUUUUAUCAUUAUUGGUUGGCAGCUGUGUGAAAAUUUUAAAUUUAAUACUACUUUUUAUAGGAUUUUUUUUUUAAAAUUAGGAACACAUAAUAAAAUGCAUUUUUGGAUACUAAAAAUUAUAUGUUUAUCAGACCUGUAGUCAGAUAACAAUUUCAAGAAAGGCUAGUUCCACUUGCUCUCCUGCAAUAUAUAAAAUAAGUAUUUUUUUUUCUACUUUUUUACCAGCAUUGCGUCAACAUUUUUCAUGUUAACAAGUAUUUACCCUCCUCUCCUAUCUACUUAGUUUUUUUACUCAUAUUUUUUUAAUUGUUAUUUCUUCAUAUUUAUCGUUUGAUUGACAUUGGAUUACAAAGAAAAAAAUGAAAAGAUUACUCAGUUUUGAAGGUAAAGCAUAUUAAAUGUAAACACUGUUCUCAGGUGUUUUAUUUCCCAGUAGGAAGUAAGAAUUAUCUAAUACGUCUAUUUAAAUCAGUUGCAUUUCACAAGAGGAAGAAUUUUGGUCAAGCCUUCUUGAUUUAUUCUCGCUACAGGUCUGAAAAAGAUGUAAUAUACUUUUUUCUUUUUUUUGCUUUCUUCAAAACUUCUGAGAGAAAGCUUACUAUAAUAGUUAACUUUCAGACUCUCUUUUUCUUUUAGUAAUCGGAUCGAUUCUUAGUUUAACCUAAUAUCCCUCUCUAUUUUUUUUUCUUUUAGUAAUCGGACCAAUUCAAUUUCACCUCUAAUGCCCCUCUCUAUUUUUUUUUCUUUUAGUAAUCGGAUCGAUUCACAGUUUGACAUAAUGUCCCUCUUUUUUUUUUUUUUUUUUCCUUUAGUAAUCGAAUCGAUUCACAAUUAAACAUUAUGUCUCUCUCUAUUUUUUUUCUUUUAGUAAUCCGAUCGAUUCAUAGUUUAACCCAAUGUCCUUCUCUAUUUUCGUUUCCAAAUAGAGAAAGGAUUAAAUGUGAUGAAAGCUAUUUUCAUUUAAAAGCUCCCCUGUGAGAAAUUCAGUAUUUAUGCAUAGCAAAAAUCAAAGGAUAGUUUUUUUUUUAUGUACAAUACAAAAAUAAAAUAACUACAUUGAGAAUAAGUUGUUUGAAAGUAAAAAUAUUGUAUUUUUUCUCCUUAAUUUUGUAUGAAAAAUAUUUAUACUACUGUACAGUUGACAAAUCAGAUGAGAUAUUGAGAAUAGUAUGAUAGAUUUCUUUUUUUCUUUUUAUAAUACAGUCUAAUGUAAGUCAACUAAUAACUCUUGGACAUGAGUAUCAAACCGUUUCUUUUGGUGGUUUACAUUUCCAUUACAACUGAUUUUUCAGCCAUACAUUUUAAAAAAAAACAAAUUUUGGGAUUUUUUUAACCAAAAUGUUUCUUUUUUCCCACAAAACGCGCGGCCGUGGGGAAAAAAAAAAAAAAAAAAAAAAAAAAAAAAACAACUUUUUCAUAAAAUAUAUAUCUUAGAGCUCUCUUCAUAUGUGCUUUAAUGUUUGCUUAUUUUAUUUUUGUAUUGUAAAUGAUUAUACUAAAAGCAAUUGUAUUGGAAUCGGUUGUAUUACAAAAAAAACCUUAGUCAAGAAGACCUUGGUGUUUUACAGGUUUGGAAAUUAUAGCCUAUGUAUGUAUAUACGGUAUACAUACAUAGGUAUACCGUAUAUACAUAAUAUAUCGGUUGUAUUAAAAAAAAAGCUUAGUCAAGAAGAAUUUGGUGUUUUACAGGUUUGGAAAUUAUAGCCUAUGUAUGUAUACCGCUUGAAACAAUAGCUAUACAUAUGAUUAUUUCAACUUCUUAACUCCAUUCAAAUUAACUAAUUAUUUUAAUGUUAUUCAAGAAUAAAAAAUUCAAGAUAAAAAUUUUACAUGUGUUAAUCAAAUGAUGUGUGUAUGUGUAAUGUGCAGGGCACAUUAAAAACAUCAUAUUUAGCAAACACAGUUGAAUCCCUAUUUAUUGAGUCUGAAAUAAACUGCAUAUUAAAAAAUUAUUAUUUUAUUAAUUUUCAAUUUUUUAAAGGCUUUUAUUAUUUUAUUAAUUUUAUUUAUUUACUUUAUCAUUUUCUUUAGUAUUUUAAUUACAUUUAUUAUUGUUAUCUUUUUGAUUUUUUAAAAAAUAUUAAUUCAUUUUUUUCACUUGAAGAGCAAUUUCUAGAAGUGUAAAACAUUUUGAUGAUUUUGGUGAUCAAAUGAACUAAAGUAUGAAUUCAGAAAUUCCUUAAAUAGCGACUCAGCUGCUGUUGGUGUCUGACUCCUUUACUGAAUAGGAAUCUGUAUUUUUAGUUUUGUAGCAAGAUUCUUUUGCAUUAUAUUAAAAGUUGAUUGAAAUCAAUUUAUUUUGAUCCAUGAAGUUAACAAAAGAGAAGAAUGUGAUAAAGAUAUUUAUUAUUAUUAUUAUUUAAUGCAUGAUUUGUAACUGCUUUUUAGUUCGAAGGAGUUCCUUUGAAAUUGAUAGAAAAAAUAGUUGACAGCACGCGACUUUUAAGACUUUAAAAUCUCACAAGUAUUCAUUAUAGUUUAUUGCUUAAAAUUAAUGAAUUGCCAAUUAAUUGUCUUUUUGAAAAUGUUUUUGAAUGAGCUUUACGGUUUUUACAAAUCGUGUCCACAUGGUUUCAAAAUGAUUUUUGCUUUGCAACGGGGGCAAAUGCUUUCCUCUGAAGAUUACAUUGUCAUUAAAUUUUAACUGAAACAAUGUGCAAUUAAAAAUCACUUAACACAUUAGUACUCAAACGCCAUUUUGAAAAUUUUAUUAAUAUGCACGUGUCCUGCCGCAUUCCAGCGAAUGGAUUUAAAGGACUGACUUUUCAGUCGAACCUUUGUGAUGUGACAAGGAUUUCGAAUCAAUAAAAAAUAAAAGAAUAAAAGAAACAGAACUACAAACUGAAAUAAAAAGCAAAUUAAAAUCAUUUAACCUAUUCAUACUCAGCGGUCAUUGAGAAAACUUUACUGUUAUAUAAAUAUCAGUGAGCAAUAGUUAAUUCAGUUUAAUUAUGAACUGAAUAAAAACUGAAAAUGGAUUAAAAAUAACUGAAAUAAAAUGCUAAUUUAAAUCAUUUAACACAUUCUUUCUCAAUCGCCAUUUCGUGAAAAUUACAAAUGUGUAAAGAUCAAUAAUGAGUAGAAAUUAAGUUCAGUUUAAUUAUAAAUUAAAUAAAAUUGGCAUUGGUAAAACAACUGUAGUUUAAAACUGAAACAAAAUUUAAAUGACAACCAUUUUCCAUGUCUAUGCGCAACUAAUAUUUAAUAAAAGUGUAAAUAUCAAUGAUAGGUAGAAAUUAAUUCAGUUUAAUUAUUAACUGAAUGUAACUGAAACUGGGGAACCCCCCCCCCCCCUACAAACUGAAACAAAAUCAUUUAAUGUCUUCAUACUCAAUUGUGAUAUAAAUGUUGAUACUAAAAAUUAAAUUUUAUCCCAUCUCAUAGAUAUACUUGAUGACGAUUUUUAUGAAUAUGUUUAUUGAAUCGAUAGUUGAGUCAUUGAGUGACAUUUAAAGAGUUUUUGUGAUUUUUCACCUGCCAUUCACACACACACA